GUAUGUGAGGAACCCUUUGGCUUUGCCCUUGCUUCUAACUGCUGCAGGUCCCACAUGCCGGGUCCUGAGGAGCUGUGACGAUGGAGGCUCUCCCCAAAGCCCUGGAGGUCGAUGAGAAGUCUCCUGAAUCCAAGGACCUGCUGCCCAGCCAGACUGCCAGCUCCCUGUGCAUCAGCUCCAGAAGUGAGUCUGUCUGGACCGAAGCCCCCAGGAGUAACUGGGAGAUCUACCGCAAGCCCAUCAUCAUCAUGUCCGUGGGAGGUGCCAUCCUUCUCUUCGGCGUGGCCAUCACCUGCUUGGCCUACACCCUGUCUCUGGGUGAGAUGAGCCUUAAGGUCCUUAAGAUGAUAGGGCCUGCGUUCCUGUCCCUGGGACUCAUGAUGAUGGUGUGUGGGCUGGUGUGGGUGCCCAUCAUCAAGAAGAAACAGAAGCAGCGGCAGAAGUCCAUGUUCUUCCAGAGCAUCAGGUCCUUCUUCUUAAAUCGCUGAUGGUGGCCUCCCCUGCUGGCCUCCCCUCGCCCUGCAUCUCAACCAGGAGAAGGAGAUCUGAUGACCAACAUCCAACAUCCCAUCACCUUGGUGGUGGGGUUUGCCAUAAAAGUGAUCCAGGCAAGCCCACUUCCAGGAUCUGUGGGAAAGAGAGAGCU